AAAAAUCUUUACGCCUGGCCAACCAUUACACACUGCGUUUAAGUAGACUUGUUACUUUAAAAGAUUAUCGUUUGUGUGUCCCAAAAUGGCAGUGCAUUAAAAUUUACAUAAAUGGAUAGAAAAAGAAAAGACUAUAGACAAGAUCGUCACGAAGGGUUCGGGGACCACGAUCCAUACCAAAGAGGUUACUAUGGAAGAGAUCCAUACCAAGGUGGUUACUAUGACAACGGAUCCUAUGUCCGUGACGUCUUCUGGCAAGGUGCUGGAAUCAGAUAUCCAUCUACUUACAGAGCUCCUUAUAUCAAAGAUGGCGUAUUUGGUGAAUUUAGAAGUUCGGACGCGAGCACAGACAGCAAUUCCAGAACACCACUGAGGCAGAGGAAGUAUGUGCUCAUAGCCGUUAUCAUCACAGCGGUACUAGUUGUUGCAGCUAUUGUUGGAGCUAUAAUGGCAGCAACCUUGACCUCAGGAUCAGAGAGUGCUGCUCCACCUAGAACUGUUGAAAAGAUUGUGGAGAAAGCAGUUCAAGGCGAAGUGAAAAUGAGCUCCAAGAACUGGACUGAUGCUUAUAAUGACAAGAACUCAACAGAAUACAAUACAACCGCUACCGAGUUCAUUCAGAUGAUGGAUCAAAAACUCCAAAAUAGUGAAAAUAGUGAAAUGUCUGCAACGUACAGUCGAACAGUUGUGGAAGAGAUACGAGAAGGGAGUGUGUUUAUUAUAUUCGUAAUGAUCUUCCAACGACCUAUAAUGGUUCUUGAGGAAAGUGGAAGCUCUACCGCGACAACAGGAACUCCAAGUGGUGGUGAAGGGGCUGAUCUGGGACCAAACAUUGACUUUGAUGUAGACGUGAAUUCUAUCAUGGAAAUUAUCGAGGAAAUUCCUGAACUGUCUGCUCCCGUAGUUUCAGAUGUGAACGAAUGUGAAUCAAAUCCAUGUAACAACGGUGGCACGUGCGUAGAUGGAGUCAAUAAAUUUACUUGCACGUGUGUGCCAGGUUUCACAGGAGAAACAUGUGAAGAAGGCAUUGACGAGUGUAAUUCUAACCCAUGUCAGUAUAAUGGAGUCUGUGAAGAUAGAAUAAACGGUUACACGUGUACAUGUGUGGCGGGAAUAGCAGGGAACAAUUGUGAAAUAAAUAUUGAUGACUGUGAAUCAGAUCCGUGCAUGAACGGUAGCACGUGCAAUGAUCAAGUCAGUGAUUACACGUGCGAAUGUGUGCCUGGAUAUACGGACAAGAACUGUGAAACAAAUAUCAAUGAGUGUGAAUCCAACCCCUGUGAAAACGGUGGUACGUGUACAGACGGAAUUAACAUAUACACUUGUGAAUGUAAACCUGGGUACACUGGAGACAAUUGUCAAAUAGACAUAGACGAAUGUUCCUCUGAUCCGUGUGUAAAUGGUGACUGCACGGAUGCUGUUAAUGAGUACACGUGUUCAUGUCAGGUUGGCUGGACGGGAAUAAACUGUGAUCAAAAUGUGAACGACUGUGCUGGAAAUCCAUGUAAGAACGGGGCGACCUGCACAGAUGAAGUGAAUAGUUAUACAUGCACGUGUGUCGCAGGCUGGACAGGACCUAACUGUGAUUCAAAUAUAGACGAUUGCAAACCAAAUCCUUGCAAGAAUAAUGCUGAUUGCACGGAUCGCGUUGACGAUUACACGUGCUCGUGUGAAGCAGGAUGGACCGGAAAAGACUGUGAUGAAAACAUUGACGAUUGUGCACCUAAUCCAUGUAAAAAUGGCGCCUGCACGGAUGUUGUUAAUGGAUACACAUGCGCUUGUGUGGCAGGCUGGACAGGAAAAGACUGUGAUGAAAAUAUAGACGAGUGCGAAUCUAAUCCGUGUAAGCAUGGAGGUAAAUGCAUAGACGACGUUAGUGGUUACAGUUGCAACUGCGAUGAUGGUUUCAAGGGAGACAACUGUGAAAUAAACAUAGACGAGUGUGAGUCUAAUCCAUGCGAACACGGGGGUACUUGCACAGAUGCCGAUAAUGGUUACACAUGUGACUGCGAUGAUGGUUGGGGUGGAGACAAUUGUGAAACAAAUACUGAUGACUGUCAAGGAAACCUCUGUGUACAUGGAUCGUGUGUUGAUGAAAUCAGUGACUAUUCUUGUAGCUGUGACGACGGUUGGACAGGAAAUAUUUGCGAUGAGGAUAAUAAUGAAUGCGAGGCGGGAAACCCGUGUGAAAAUUUGUCAACUUGCCAAAAUAUACCUGGCUCAUUUGUGUGUUUGUGUAAAUCUGGUUGGGCUGGGCAAAUAUGUGACAUUAAUAUUGACGAGUGUCAGCUUACCCCAUCUCCAUGUCUGAACGGUGCCACAUGUACGGAUAAUGAAGGAAGUUAUACCUGUUCUUGUUCCAAUGGUUGGACGGGGCCAAAAUGUGAUACAGAUAUUGACGAGUGUCAGCUUAACCCAUCCCCGUGCCUGAACGGUGCCACGUGUAUGGAUAAUGACGGAAGUUAUACCUGUUCUUGUUCUGAAGGUUGGACGGGACCCAAAUGCGAUACAGAUAUUGACGAGUGUCAGCUUAACCCAUCUCCAUGCCUGAACGGUGCCACAUGUAUGGAUAAUGACGGAAAUUAUACCUGUUCUUGUUCCGAAGGUUGGACGGGGCCCAAAUGUGAUACAGAUAUUGACGAGUGUCAGCUUAACCCAUCCCCUUGCCUGAACGGUGCCACAUGUACGGAUAAUGAAGGAAGUUAUACCUGUUCUUGUUCCGAAGGUUGGACGGGGCCGCAAUGUGAUACAGAUAUUGAUGAGUGUCAGCUUAACACAUCCCCGUGCCUGAACGGUGCCACAUGUACGAAUAAUGACGGAAGUUAUACCUGUUCUUGUUCCGAAGGAUGGACGGGGCCGAAAUGUGAUGCAGUCAAAACAACUACGACAACAACAACAAUGUCUACGACAACACCAGCACCGUGUAGAGCUGACCAGUAUCAGUGUGCGGACGGUCAAUGUAUUCCUUCCUCCUAUCUUUGUGACAUUUAUUAUGUUGAUUGUGAUGACGGAUCGGACGAAAAAGGUUGUGAUUGUCCAGAUUUUCGUUGCAACAAUGGUGACUGUAUCUCUGAUGAAAGUAAAUGUGAUGGUAAAUUCGAUUGUACUGACAGAAGCGACGAAAAAGGGUGUCCACUAGUCUGUGCAAAUAACACAUUUACAUGUAAGGUUAUAACGGAAUGUGUCAAUAUAAGUAAUGUAUGUGAUGGUGAGAAACACUGUCAGGACGGUACUGAUGAAUGGUACAACUGCUUUCGACCGGCAACACAAUCUCCUUUCCCUAGAGAGUAUGAAAUUCGAUUAAUGGAUGGCGAUAUUGAUACCACGAAUGAAUCAUAUGGGCGUGUUGAAGUCAGGCUUCUGGUUGAUGGACAGCCAGCCGGCGACUACGGAACUGUUUGUGACGACAGCUGGGGAAUCCAAGAGGCCACUGUUUUAUGCAGAUCACUUGGUGCAAGCGACCCGUCAAACAGCUUUGCAUAUAGCCACGCAGCAUUUGGUGAAGGCAGCGGGCAAAUAUGGUUCAGUAAUUUCCAUUGCUAUGGGAACGAGGACGGAUUAGAAGAGUGUAUAUCUUCAGAAUGGGGCGAGGCUCAUUGUUCACAUCAGCAGGAUGCUUCGAUAUCAUGCGGUAUUGAUCGUCUUAUGACAACCCCCGUUUCAUCGUCUACACCAGGGUCAAGAACAACGUAUCCAACAUUAUCAACACCAUUUACGACGCCUGCUCAAGGUGAGAAUAUUCGGCUGGUUGAUGGCGAAAACUGUUUGGAAGGUAGAAUAGAAGUUUUCUUUAAUGGACAGUGGGGAACAGUGUGUGAUGAUGGUUUUAAUAAAGAAGAGGCUGAAGUUGUUUGCAGAUCACUUGGAUUCAGCACCUACUCCUCCUACUAUCUGAGGUUCGGGUCUAGUUCUGCGCCGAUUCAUUUGUCUCAUUUAUACUGCCCGACAGGGAAUGAAAACAGUAUAUUUGAUUGUCAAUACAGGGAACCAGACUGCAAUCAUUGGGAGGACCGGGGUAUACGCUGCUAUGGUGACCCUGACAUAGACUGCAGAACUGAACCGGAUAUUCCAAGCGUUAACUGUACCUUUAGUCAGGAUACGUGUGCGUACAGCAUGACAGUGAUAUCUGGCAGUACAAACUGGAGAUGGGCACAGGGUGACGAAUUUGGUAUGAUUCAUGCAACGAACACCUCCGAUUCUACUGGCCGUUUAGUGAAAUAUCAGAAUACAUUCGUUUCUGAAAUGGAAAGUGCAAGAAUGGAGUCUCCACUGUUUAAUGCAGCCGCUGUCAAAAUGAAAGUAGAAUUUUAUUACCAGCUCCAUGAGUCUACCUACAAUGAUCUCACAUUUAGUCUUAAUGAAGAAAAGGAGGGAGAGCAGAUCUUAUGGAACAGCAUUUAUCUUCGGCGUGACCAGGAGUACCAAUGGCUGUACGAAUGUGUACAAUUGUCUGACUUGAAAGACACUUCAAACUACUCACUAGUAUUCACAGCUAAACGUGGGCCAAUUGCAAGCUUCGCUGUAGCUGUAGACGAAAUUAUGCUCACUGAUGGAUUUUGUGCAGCGAGCCUUCUAGACGGUAUGUGCGACUUUGAAAGACCAAGAUCUUGCGGAAUGUCUGUUGAAUGUGUUUCAUGUGACAGGACAAAACCUGUGUUUACCUGGAUGUGGCAAAGUAACAAAACAUACAGUCAGAUACUAGAAGCUAAUAAUCGUUUUAUGGUGGCCAACUCAACAUUUGGCAACGAAGGUGACGAGGCUGUUAUGCGUUUUGCGGUACCUACCCUGGCUAACAUUACUGCUGUCAAUUUUAAGUACCAAAUGUAUGAUGUAAACGUGGGGAAACUCGAGGUACUGCUUUAUGAGAAGGAUAGUUUACAAUCAAGACUUCAUACACAAGACGGUAGCUUUAGUGAUCAGUGGAUGGAGAUAUGCGUACAAAUUCCAGCCGAUAUUGACUCAACUAGAAGCUAUGAAAUAGCGUUCAAAGCAAUACGUGGGAAUGGACUGAGGGGUUAUAUUGCGAUAGACGAUGUGAAACUUACGACCGACAAAUGUCCACAUCCAGUGUCAUGCGCUGAGGAAUUACCGCAGUGUGGAUGGAAAACUGGAGGUAGUGGUCAAAUAUACUGGAAGUUUUUUGAAGAGGGAGGCGAUGCUUACAGUACUAGCGAUAAAAAAGUCCGCCUUGUUGACGGCGGAUCGCCCAGUAGCGGCGCUGUUGAAGUUUUACACAAUGGAUUGUGGGGUCGUGUUUGUCAUGAUUACUUUGGAAGCGCAGAGGCAAAAGUAGUCUGUAGAGAACUAGGAUAUCCGACUGACACUGUUGAUUAUACACGUUCUUCUUAUUACGGCUCCUCAAAUGAAUUGAUCUGGUUAGACGAUUUGUUUUGUGUUGGCACUGAGAACAGUCUGGAGGAGUGCAAGCACAAAGGAUGGGGAAGUCAUAACUGUAAUAAGUAUAAGCAUGCUAGCGUACACUGUUACGGUGAAACAUCGGAUUCAGACCUUCAAGGCUUUGAUAAAAAUUAUUUUGGCUUGAUGGAAGAAGGAGCCAACACAAGUUCAUGGGCCUCUCUUUCAUCACGUGACUUUAUUCAUGAGGGUGGAGAGUACAGAUUUGUAUUUGACUAUAUCAAGACUGGUAAUGAAGUAGUACAGGUAUGGUAUAGUAACCGUACACUAAAAGAAACAAUGAUUUUGGAUAAGAUAAUUGAUCCAGUUGAUUCUAUUGAGCAAUACUGCAUAGAUAUACCCGCUAAAAUCUACGGAGACAUAUCACUUGGACUGACUGCAUUUAAAACAACAUCCAGCGAAUUCAAAACUGCUGUACAUGAUUUCGCCCUGGAGCAUGGAUCUUGCAAAGAAUCCCUUGCCAGGCGUGAUUUUACUUUUGAAAGUGACCACAUGUUAUGUGGAUAUGGGAUCGAAUCCAACGGUAAUAAUACUAAUAGUUGUAAAUCAAGGUACGAAUGGAAGAGAGUAUUAGCCGGUGCUGGAAAUGGACUCGAUACAGAUCACACAUACGACAAUGAAUCAGGACACUUCAUGCAUGUUAAUCCAGCAUUUGGUGAACCUGAAGAUUUGACAAGUCUAAAUUUCAAGCAAGUGACGGAGGAGGAAUCAAAGGGUUUUUGUAGUCUACAAUUCUAUUACUUCAUUAGCGAUGCAUCUUUAGGUGGUUCGUUAUCACUGAGUGUGAAUAGCGAGACAAAGGAAGUGGCUGGUAUUCCAGAGUUACCUAUAUGGUUGCCCGGGUGCAUAGAUCUCGUAGACACUUGCGGAGAAGACCCGGGACUUCUAGACAUGCACUUUACUGCACUUAAUGUGGAAGCUGGCGUCGACGAUGUAGUUUUGUCUACUGAGCCUUGCCCAGGAACUAAAGGAUCCACGGUGUCAUGCGAGUUCAUGAAUGGAGACACAUGCGGAUACAUGAUGGACCCAUUAGUUUGGUCACGUGACAAAGGCGGAAAUUUAACAAGUAUCACUACAGAACCUGGCGGUUAUAUUGUUUCACCAUUGUUUGAUGUAUCCACAAAUUCAUGUGUUACAAUUGGCUUUGCCAACACAGCAAACUGUACUGCACGUGUAAAAGUCGUAGGCAGAAAUGGACAAACUGUUACUAUCACAGACUGGCUAAAAGUUCCAAAUUCUACAUACAGAACCAUCAAUGUGGAUAUCCAAACAGGAACUCAGCUUCGCCUUUUUAUCGAAGCUUACAUGACCACUCUUCAGGCUAAGUUCAAUCUGUUUAAUAUCCGGGUUGCCAAUGGUUCCUGUGCGAGUCCUGGGUUGUCGUGUGAUAAAAAUGACCACGAGUGUGACGGAAAAUGCGUUAAACCUGCUUUCAUUUGUGACGGUAUACGGGAGUGUGAAGAUGGCAGUGAUGAAAAAUGUGAAUGUGGCUUGGGAACUUUCAACUGUACGCUCUACGGGGAAUGUGUGAGGUCAUAUUUAAAGUGUGAUGGAUUCGAAGACUGUACAGACGGCAGCGACGAAGAAGACUGCGGUUCAGACAUAAGUUGCAAUUUCGAAGGACCUAACUGGGAUUGUGGGUACCAGCUUUAUAAUGCUCGCCAGGGGAUAAAUGCUGAUGGGUUGCAAAUGUCGUCGCAACUAGCAUAUAUUACGUCACCGGAAGUUAAUAUAACCGGGGACAGCUGUCUUUCCAUUGAUAUCGCAGACAGAAGUCCAGUACUGUUUAGAAUUUCAUCUUAUGAUGGUGAAAUGUAUUCAAUUCUAUACCAAAACAUUUCAAACUAUGAUGAUUUUGUUAUACUGGUGGAUAUUGCAACCGGAUUUUACAAAGGUGUUACAAUAGAAACUCAGUCGACUAGAGCAUUUUAUAGCCAUGUUGCCGUAAUCGAAAGCAUCGACCUCUAUCAUAUGACUUGCCAAGAACUGAUAACACCUUCUUCAACGACAACAUCUUCAGAGCGCACAACAUUUUCUGCCUAUAGUGCUAACUCGUCAACCUUACCACCAUCUUGGAACGGAUCAACAACAACAGUCUUGGGUUCAACAUCCAAUGCAUCAACACCUACUGAGAAUCCUCUACCAGAUGAUUAUCCGCGGCUUAAUGUCAAUAAGCCGGACCCGGUAGAGUUUGGAAGCUCGUUGACGUUAACGUGUAUUGUUACUUAUGACCCAAAAUACAAGCUAAUUCUGAGCUGGUUCAGUGGCGUUACAGAAAUUUCUAGACAAAAUGAUAUAAUGGUUGGUGAGGAACAUCAAACAAAAUUCAAAAUAGUUAUGAAUAAGGACAACAUUGGUUUGACGUAUUAUAACCUAACGAUAAAUGACGUCACCGACGUUGAUACCCGUGAAAAUUUCUCCUGCGCUGCUGACGUCAUUGAUUACCCUAUACGGCUCUUUCUUAUGAAUAAAACAAGGAUUGAGAUCGAAGAUGACGGCUGCAAAACUCUUGGAAACAGUGAAAUCGAGAUUUUUUGUAAAUCUGUCGGUUACACACGUGUUGCAGUGCCAACUGCUUCAGGAUCACAAACAAUGGAUAAAGUCACCGAAGUGUUUACUUCUUUACAAAAUUUGUUUGAAAGGACGGAGGUGGAGGGACAGCAGCAGCAGCAGUGUUUAAAUCCUCUGAAAGAAUUGGCCUGUGGCCUUCAUGCCAGUCAGUGUCAGUCUGGAAAAGUGGUCAGACCUGUAUGCAGAGAACAUUGUCAGGAAAUUGCCGAUGCUUGUAUGGCGAUGUCGUAUGCUGUUGUUAGUAACAAUAACAGUGACCUUGGCUAUUACUGCAAAUAUUUGCCUUCCUUAACAGACUUGCCGGACUGUACAGAAAUAUGGCUCGGAUGUGAAGUAAAUUUGACGCUCGGGACUGAUGGAACGCCGACGUCUGUGCGACUGCGUUCAGAAAACCAUCCAAACCAGGCUCCGUCAUCCUCACCUUGUAACUAUUACAUAAAGGCGUCUCCGCACUACAUACUGGAUUUGACCGUAGAGGACAUUACACUAGACGAUGACUGUAUUACGAACUAUCUAAUGAUUAAUGAAAAGAGGCUUUGUUCGAGCAAUGCAAGCCAGUAUGCACUACCACAAGAUCAGUCAGUUUUGAAUGUUUCAGUAGUUUCAAACUCUGUUAACAAUGCAGGAUUCCUGCUGUUGGUCUCGCAAGUAUUACAAACGGACGUUUGUGAUGUAAUAGAAAUAAGCUCUAGCAGUAGCAUUACAUAUGACGGUUAUAAAACUGGAAGUGACACUUGCACAGAAUGGAUAUUCUACACGAGAUCAGAAUCCAGUGUUGGGCUAAGUUUCACAGAUAUUAGGGAGUGUUUAGAAAUCUUUGAUGAGGACUCGAUCUCCGUGCAGAAUAUUUGUACCCUUCCAACAGAACUGAACCUUAAUGGGAUGAAUGUAGUUAAAGUAAAAGCUAAAACGCCUGACACUGGUUUCAGUGUUAUCUAUUCUAGAAAAGCGACUAAAGAUACCUACAAUUUUACCGUAGAAAGCGUUGAAUUAAGAGAAGGGGUCAGUGACAAUGUGGGAAAAGUGUUUCUCACUCUCUCAGAUGGUAGAAGCGGAUUUGUUUGUGGAUAUAUUAACAGCGGGGCGGCAAACGUUAUCUGCAGACUGGCUGGUUUUGGGACUCCUCGGCUUGGUUACAAUGUGUAUGUGUCGAACCCUGGUGCUGCCGAUGAUUCCAAGACGAAAGACAUCAUUAUGUACCAAUUUUACUGUUCAGGAGAUGAAAACAGUAUACUAGAGUGUAAUCUGCAAAGGUGGAAGGACACAUGCACAUCUGGUUGUAGCUGUUAUUAUGAAGAUAGUUUCAGGGGAGUUAAUUGUCCGGUGACGUCAGCGUCUUGUAAUCUGACUGCCCCCGCUGAUUGUGGUUACGAGUAUGACACUACGAAAGUUUUGCUUGUAAAUACUAUCAAAUAUGGUGAUGGUCUUUACAUGCUGGGGUCUGAACAAGAGGUCACGGAAAUUUUUUCUCCUUCCUUCACAUACUCCAAAGGGGAAAGUGUCACUUUUGAAUAUUCGUUCGGAGGUUACCAUGGAGAGAGCAUAGUAUUGUCCCUGAGGCCUGGGGGCGGAGGUGAUGAUUUGUUUGUAUGGAAGAAUGUAGAGUACAUCAUCGAAGGCCGCUAUAGCGCAUGUGUUGCACUGCCUGAUGAAUUCGUACAUGAAGAAGUUCAGAUGGUGUUCACAAUGACCAUGGCACCGUCUGACAGUAAUCACACCAUAGGAUUACAUACUGUGAUAGUAAAUCAAGAAAAAUGUCCAGGCCAGUUUCCUGCGAAUAAAUGUUCAUUUAACGAUCUAGAAGUUUGCCAGACAUUUUUAUCGGAAACCUGUAACAAUGGCGAUUUUGGGGCAUCUGUCUGGAAUGUAAAAAACAACAGUUUGGAAGGGGCCUCAACUUAUGCGAUACAAAAUACGGAUUAUGCCAUAUCAGUUUCCUCAUCGCCGGACGCGAGCUCGUAUCUUCGAUUUAAUUAUGUACAAACAGGCGUGGGAAUGGAUGGGAAUGAUCUAGCACUCAGGGUCGACUUCGAAACCUCGAGUGAUGGGGUAAAGACGAUAUUUUCAGACAACCAUUACAAAUCAGAAUGGGAGAAAGUUUGCAUGCGACUGCCUACUACUGAUGAUGAACAGUUUAAUGUUAACUUUAUUCUACGUAGAUAUGUCUCCGAGGGCAGUAUUUUCCUUGAUGAUAUAGAGUUGAACAAUGAGCCAUGUCUGCAUCCGGCAUCAUGUGAUUUCGAAAAGAACUGUGACUAUUUGCUACCUUCUGCCGCAUUUUCCUGGAAACGGGCCCUCACCGAUGACGAUCAUACUUUCGGAGGUCAGCGUGCUGGACACAUAAUGCAAGCCACAAACAGUGACUCCCAAUCUCCAGUAUACGGAAUACCUGCAGUAUUUUCAACACCUGUUGCACAACUUUCUGGAGACACGCAAUACAAAUGCCUGUCGUUUUAUUAUAAACUUAACUAUGGAUCUAAUGCUCACUGCAAACUCGAAGUCAGUGUAUUAAAUCCGAAAACAACCGAAAAUUUGACGACAGAGAUAGAGACGUUUAUUCCGUAUAUUUGGCAGAAAGCAAACGUUAAAGUGGAUCCAGACGUCUACUCGACAGCACAAUUUUCAUUCUUGGUAACACCAAUUUAUGGAAGUUUGCGCAAUCCUUUUGCAAUUGACAGUGUUGAGCUUCUUACUGACUGUAUUGAAGGCUUACAAGAUAUAGAACAAUGUGACUUCAGUAACCCAGGAUUAUGUGUGUUUGAGGCAAAUUGUACAGUUGAUUCAGGUUACAUUUGGCGAAUCAGUUCAGGAAAUACAAGUUUACAACACGCAAGUCCAAGAGCUGAUGCAGACGGCAAUGUUGCAGGACAUUUCAUUUACUUGGACAGUUCACUUGGUGUUGCAGGGCACGAAUCACUUUUAUGGUUUGUUGUAGACCUAGCAAACUUGGAAGCAGCGCAGUAUACCUUUUCUUAUUACAUGACUGGUAAUGGGACAGGGAUGUUAAAGACAUUUUAUAGGUCAGAAAGCACUGGCAAAUACAGUGCUAUGUCUGUUGUACCAUACAAAGGUUCUGGUGUUUGGUGUCAGUCAGAUUGCUAUGACUUACCACAAGGUUUCCGUGGAGAGAUUUACCUCCAUGUCACUAGAGGCACCUCCGCAUUCGGCAGUAUUGCAAUCGAUGAUGUGAAAAUCACAAAGAAAAGUUGUCCAACGCCAUCAGUAACUUGUGACUUCACCAAUAAUAGUUGUAGAUACACACAAGAAAAUAGUGAAUGGACUUUAGAGGAUGGCUAUAUUACCACAACAAAACAAGGUGCACUGCACUUACCACUGUAUUCAAUUAACGUCCCUUCGUGGGCCUGUAUAAGUUUUGACUUUGAAAGUGAAGAAAACAACGCGUUGAUAGUCGAAACAGACAAAGGAUCCUUCACGUACAGAGUGUAUUCGAAUGGCAGACAACAAGGACAGAUUGAGUAUAAUCAAGAUGUUGCUAGAAUGAAAUUUGUCGUUUCUGGCGACUAUUUGGUCAAGCUAGACAAUGUAACAGUCACACCAGGGAGAUGCGGUUCAAUGGCUUGUGGCUCAGACGAGAUGGCAUGUCAGCUACAGUGUAUUCCAAGCGCAUCAAAAUGCGACCUGGUCAUAGACUGCAAUGAUGCUUGGGACGAAAGUGAUUGUGGUUUCAAUCUAACAUGCAAGUUCGAUGAUGGUGCCGACUGUGGUUACGCUUCAAAGGAAUCGUCAUCUACAGAAUGGUCGGUGGUAGAGUCACAUACAUUCAAUGUUGAUGGUACUGAGGAAACGGUCACUGGUGGAAUGCUGUUUACAAGUUUGAAGGGACAGUCUGCAGAGCAUAGUUCUUCCGUUAGUUCCACAUGGAACGAAAUAGAUGAACCUUCUUGCGUAAGGUUCCGAUACCUUGGUACCGUUCCAUCUCUCAUUGUAACCAUUAGCAACAAAGAUAGUGAUGCAAAUGUGAACUUGAUUGAUCAAAACGCUGAUAUGACCCCUACAUCAUGGAGAUAUGGACAGGUCACAACUGAACAGGGGACAAUAAUGAUAAGUUUUGUAACGUCAUUGUCAGCAACAAACUACACGCUCGUUGCUAAUGAAGAAGCAUUUCUGGCAAUAGAUGAGAUAGAAGUGUUAAAUGGAGCUUGUAAAGACAUCGAUCCACCUGAAUGUCCCCAAGCAGCACCGCUGCAGUGCGAUGAUGGUAGUUUAUGUUACAUUGAAGACCGGAACUGUGACAGAAAGAAGUACUGUCCGUCAGGAUCCGAUGAAAAUACCGAAACAUGCGCAUCUGUGUAUACUCUACCUUGUGAUUUUGAGGACGGCUUACUAUGUGGAUACACCAUCAUCUCUAAUACAUAUGGACAGAUGUGGAAACGGGUAGGAGGGUAUUAUUACCAAAUACCACCAUAUGAUCAUACUAAACAAAAUGAGAGCGGAAGUUUUCUUCUGUUUGUAAACUGGGAUAAUGAUCAAUCACGGUAUGAGAGUUCAACUGCUAUAUCACCAAACGUAACAUUUCCUGAAGACGGUUGUAUCUCAUUCUGGUACAUUCUAAAUAGUACAGCUGUACAGCCAACAGCUUUGUCAGCGCAGAUAUUGGUCUCUCUUAACUACAUUGAAACUUCAGAAACAGAGUUUGUUUUUUACGACAGUGUUGACCGACCAUUCACUGACUGGACAAAGGCUCGUUUUCCAGUGCGCGGGAACCAGACAGUGUCAGCAAAUUUUACCGCAAUAAUAUCUGAAAAUUUCUUGGCUUGGCCGGGGGUAGUUGCGCUAGAUGACAUAGCUUUUGAUCCUGGAGAGUGCAGUCCAUCUCGAGUAUGUAAUUCACGAACGUUUGAGUGCAAGGAUACCGGUGUUUGUAUACCAAAGUGGUUAGUGUGCGAUGGAAAGACGGACUGUGGUGAUAAUUCAGAUGAGCAGAAUUGUGAAAGUCGGCCAAAUGGAAAAUUUAUGCUUGGCGGUGGUGAUGGAAAGUACGGACAAGUACUUUACUAUCUGGAUGGUUCCUGGCGACAUGUCUGUUUCCCUACCAGUUCUUCUGAUAUCGAUGACUUUAAUAUCAUAGCCACACAACGUAUUUGCGAACAGUUGGGAUUUAUCGGUAGAUCGGAAUCGUACGAGUAUAAGCUUCGGUAUACCACAGCUGACGCGGUCAGUCUCAUCUGUGACGAUACUGCCUGUACCGAUACUGAUUGUACUUCUUAUAGACCUACAUAUGCUGGCGUAAGAUGCUCAAAUACAGCGUGUGCCUCGGGAACCAUACUCUGUCCAGGUACUGCUGACAUCUGCGUUCCAGCAGGAAGCUUGUGUGAUGGAAAUCCGCAGUGCCCGAAAAACUCAGAUGAAACAGAAUGCUGUUGCCUGGAGGGAGAAAGUUAUUGUACCAGACCUUCGGACGAAAAUAAGAAUGAGGAAUGCAUGAAAUGUGCCGACAGAGGUAUGUUCGAAUGCCAGAACCAUCAGUGUAUAAGUACGGAUUUGAUAUGUGACGGAACAAACAACUGCGCUGAUGGGACUGACGAAUACCGUUGUGUGCAAGUUGAUGACGACCAAGUCACUGUAUAUUACCAAUCAGAGAGACGACCGGUUUGUCUCGACAAUAUUGGUCGAAAAGAGGCAGAAACAUUAUGCUCUACAUCCGGAGGCGGUUUACUUGUGAACCAGGGGAUACAACGAGGUUAUACAAAAGUUGACAAUGGCUUAAUGCUAACUGGGAGUAGCUCAAAUGGAGGCUAUCUGCCUGGUAUAGACUUUGACCAAGAUCAAACAUCCUGUUACCCGCUGAUAUUGGACUGCUCGCUGCCAGAAUGUGGUACUACUUCAUACAUAGAUGAUAAGAUAUCGCCAUUCAUUUACAUGGCCGAUAUAGCUGUUCUUGGGGAAUGGCCUUGGCAUUGCAGUCUGCGUAGAUAUGAUGAUUUACAAUGUGGAUGUUCUUUACUUUUUGGGCAAUGGGCUUUAACUGCUGCACAUUGCGUUGAGAAUGGAUAUCCGUCCCAAUAUACAGCGAUAUUUGGAUCAGUUCGCUCUGACAGUAUUGGUGCACAUGGACAACAAUUCAACGUGUUAGAUAUUCAAAUACAUCAUCAGUAUAACAGAAACGACCUCACUAAGGGGUAUGACGUAGCUCUACUUAAGCUUGCAUUUGCUCCUAACAUUGACAAAUACACAAGACCUAUUUGUCUUGGUACAGAGGACAGCUGGCAGUAUAUACUUGAACAAGGGAACAAGGCGGAAUGUUACAUCACUGGUUUUGGAGCAAACGAACUAUAUUUUGCAAACGGUGACAACCCAGAGAAGGACUUGGGUGAGUCUAGAGUUGACAUUGUUGACAAGGAAACCUGUCGACAAAGAUACAAAUUAGCAGGUCUAACAGAAGAUUCUGUAUCCCAUGACGGCGUAUGUGCACAGAAUGCUAAACCUUAUCAAGCUGCUUGCUAUGCUGAUAGUGGUGGACCUUUAGUUUGCAGAAAUGAAAUAGGACGAUGGGAACAGUUUGGUGUUGCGAGUUACGGAGCCACUGCUUGUGACAAGUUUGUUCCAAUCAUUUACUUCAAUGUGACAACACAGAGAGAAUGGAUUGAAUCUAAAACAGGUAUUGAACUUCAAGAUAUGUAUCCACCAAUAUAUGACGAUCCAUUAGAGUGAGAGAUGCAACAGCCUUCAUGAGAUGUUUCGAUUAUUUUUGUGCAUAGAACUGAUUUUACUUGUGUUAUGUUUUAUCAUAUUGAAUCAUGACGAUCAUUAUUUUUUGUUCGGCGGUAUGUAUAUUGUUAAAGAGUGACAUUUUUGCACGUUUAUUGCGUUAUUAAAAGACUACCACUACUUCAUGAUUUAAGAUAUUUAGUGGAGAUUUUAAUUGUUUUAUGCCAUUCAAAAUCACUAGUUUCUAACAUACUGAAAAACCCAUUAAUCCCAAAUGUUGUUUUUUUUUUCUUUCAUACCUCUAGAGAUAUCUUUUGUAUACGGCUACUUAAUAGUUUUAGUUAUAAAAACCCUAUAAUAUUCGGCAGCUUUAUAUGUGUGCUCGUUGUAUAGUCUAUUCAUAUUCAUAUGUAGUAUAUAAAGCAUCCGGUGACAGGUCUAUCAAGUUGUAGAUCAAAUAGAAAAAAUAGCAACACUGUUGCUUUGUACGGUAUUUACUAAUGUAUAUCGCCACCUUGAAAUCAUCUGUGUCCUCUUAAGGCAAAUUGACUUUAUUGAUGGUGUUAGAAACUGAGUGUUUUAAUAUUUCCGUGUUUUAUAUGGACUAAGUAUAAAUAUUAUCGUCGACUUCCCAGGCUCCUUAAAAAUGUAAAUAUAUCUAUUGGACAUGACCAUCCAUUUUUCCGCUCGUUCAUCCAUUGUGCCCGUCCCAAAUUUUCUUAAUACUGGGAAGAUUUUCGUUGUAUUUGCAUUACUUGCUAAUUUCAUCAAAACAACGUGCAGCUCACAAAAACAGGUCACCAGGUUAAAAGUCAGUGUCACACUUUAAAGUCAAAAGUCAGCUAGCUUAACUUCUUGUCCUCUCAAUAUCUUCUUAACAACUGCAGAUAUUGUCAGUUGUUAAAUCUCUUCAAGAUGACAUGCACAGCGGACAACCCAGUUCACUCGGUCCAAUGUCAAGUUCAGAUCCAAUAGCUUCGGGCCCGCUCCUUAUCUUCUAAAUCGCUGGAAGGUUUUCAUAAAUCAAGCUCCAGUUAUUUACAUCAGAAAGACGACAUACCAGUCCACAACCCUGGUCAAUAGGCCCAAGUCAAGGUCACAAAUGCAGAUCAAAUGUCAAAUAGCUUUACGUUGUGUCAGCUCCAUACAAUUUAACCUACUUGAAAGGUUUUCUUAAAACUUGGCGACGUUCAGGUCACUAAGUUCUAAGUCAUGUUCACACGUAUACAUCGAAGAAUAAAUAGCUUAAAGUCAUGUUCAGUUUAUGUCUUCUUAACCACUGAUAGGAUUUUUAUAGACUAAGUAUUAAGUGUUUAAGUGUUAACCUCAUCCAGAUGACAUGCAGUGUACAGAACCAAGGCCAUAACGUCCAAAGUCAAGGUCACAUUUAGAGGACAAAGAUCGAAAAGCUUGAAUUUGUGUCUGUUUCAUUUCUUCUUAAACAGUGAAAGGCCUUUCAUAAAACUAGUUUAUCAAACUGACUUCCUGAGUGUAAAACCCAAGUCACUAGGUCCAAGGUCAAGGCCACCCUUGAAGGACAAAAUUCAUUUUAUUUUCCGUGUAACGGCAUCACGGGGUAUUACUCAACUUUAGCGUUGAGCCUUCUCCUGUAUUUGUACAUCUUCUUAAUCUGAACCACCUCCUGGAAUUUGAUCGUGUCCUAGUUCUAAUAAGGAUGGGAUUCAAUGUUAUUGUUUUUUACAACUGACACCAAAGGUAAAAGGAAUAUAGUAUUUUGUCCCGAAAACUUUGAAGUCCAGCGAGAAUGAAAACUAUUAAUCUUAAGGCAAUCAGAAUUUCAAAUGUAUGCAAUGCAAGGAAAUAUAGAUGAACGAUACAGACCCAUCAGGUUCUCUUGUUACGUGUGAAAACUUUCUUUGUUUUAUUUUAAUCAGUUUAAAUUUAACCAAUAAACAGAGGAGAUUUAGUAA